AUGGGUAAGCUGCCAACGGGUUAUAAGAAGCAAAGAAAAACUAAAAACAAAGUAAGUUGUAUUAUUUUAGUAUUUAUCUUUGAUGUUUAGGACAACAAGGAUCAAAUUGGUCAUGAUUUAAGAAAUUUACCCAGGGAGCUGGACUUUGAGUCUUGUUUAAAGAUUUACGGACUUUUAAAUGCAAAAUGUGAUCAACACUGCGUUCCAAGUCCAAAGUAAGUAACUUUUGUUUUGUAUUUUUUUAUUUUAGGUAUUAAAUUUGGGCGUUUUUUGGUUUUUAGGUAUCAAUUUGAUUUUUUGGGGUUAUAAAUUUUGAUUUGAUAGAAAAACUGCUUUAGUAUGAUAUAUAAACUGUGUUGUAAUAUUAACUUCUCUAUUUUAGAGUUAAAAACUGCCGCAUGAACCCAUAUUGUAUACACAGAGUUGGAAAUGAAAAAUGGGAGAAGUUUAAACGUGGUACUGUUGAUCAACAAGCUCCUCAAAUGACCAAACGGGAUGUAAAACAACAACCGUGUGGGCUUUCAAACUUUGGCAAUUUUUGCUAUGUAAAUAGCUUCUUACAGGUAAAUAUUAGCAUGAAAGUAGUUUUUAAAAGAUAUUUGGUUGUUUUAAAUAGAUGUGUUAAUUUAAUUUGGGGUUUUACAUUCCAAUUUUGUUUUAGAUAUGGUUCAAUGAUUUAUCCUUUAGACAGAUUGUCUACAAAUGGAAGUCGGAUCCAGAAUGGAGUCUUGUAGAAGGGACAAAAUUAGAUAUUCAAGCAGUUAUGAACUGUUUACAAGAGUUGUUUUUAACCAUGCAGAUAACUCCAUAUGUAAGUAUCUUGUUUUAAAUUUAAAUUUUAGGUAUUGAAAAAGGCAAAAUCCUGGAAAUUAAGUUUAAGUUUUUUACAUUGAGCGUGAAUUUUUGGAUUUAAAUUUAAGGGUAAAAUAUAAAGAAGUGUAGUUGUCAAAUUUUAGGAAUUCACUAAUGCUUUGGAAUUUAUUAGUCUUCUAAAGUUGGACAAUGAACAACACGAUGUUCAAGAAUUUACAAUAUUGUUUUUCGAUGCCUUGGAUCGACAUCUUCAAACUCAUCCAAAUGGCGAAGCUGUACGAAAAGCCAUAAGAAGUCGUUACGAAGGCAAAAAUCGACAAAUUAUUUCAUGUUCGUGUGGAAACAGAAGCAUCAAAGAAGACAUGUUUAUGUCUUUGACUUUGACAAUCGAUGGAUGUAACACAUUAGCUAAGGCUUUAGAUGGGUACUACACGCCUGAGGAGUUAAGUGACUACAAGUGCUCUGGAUGCGGGAAAAGUGGAAAUACGAGUCGAUCUAAUGAAACCGUUAAACUUCCACCGGUUUUGUUAUUACAAUUGAAUCGCUACACUUAUGAUCAGUGAGUUGCAUUUUUUUAAGUAAAUAUUUUUUAAAUUUAGCAAAAUUUUAAAAAAUUUUAAAAUUUUUUUAUUUUUAUUAGUGCAAAAUAAAACAUGUUUUUUAGGUACGGCCGCAACAAGAAGAUUAUGACGCCCGUACAGUAUCCAAGAGAACUUUACAGUGCGGACUUGAGGUACGAUUCAGAGGAACCCUCGAUAAAAUACGAUUUGACUGCUGUUAUGAUACACGAAGGAACAUCGGCCAAUUGUGGACAUUAUUACGAUCUUAUCAAAGAUCCGAAUACGGAUAAAUGGUUUAUUUACAAUGACAAGGUUAGUUUUAGAGGGAAUUUCGUAUUUGAAUAUUGUCAGAGUAACAUUUGUGACAAAUUUUGUUUGCCGAAAAUAUGCAGAUUUUAAGAGUUUUAAAAAAUUCUUUGGAUUUCAGGAGGUUUCGAUAACAAAAACACCGGGUGUAAAUCCGGAAAAAGGCUUGGCUAGCAAAGGAACGACGGAUAUGAAAGGGUGCUACGCUCUGAUUUAUCGUGUCGAAGACGAAACAUUGCUUAACUUGGAUUCGGAUAACGUUCCCAAAACAGUAGACGACCUGGAAUUGCCAGAUGCCGAAAUUUUUGAUCGUGUUCAGACGAAGGUAUGUUGGUUUUACUAGAAUUUCACCUUUUUUUCGAGAGGGGAGGGGUAUGGUUGUCAAAAUUUUUUUUAUUAUUUAAAGGGUUUGAUUUGCGGAGUUUUAAAAUGAUAAAAGUGGUGCAAAAUUGAAUAUCUUUUAUUGCUUUAGUUAAAUGACACGUUUCAAAAGGAAAGCCGGGACGGUGAUCGUUCGUACGAACUUUGGCAGAAGUGCAUCAACGAAAAACACGAGUUUUUGGAACGCUUAUGGGUAUCGAUGGAGGUAAUUUUUCUCAUUAACAAAUUUUUCAAUUUUUUAAAGAUUUUGUUAUAUUUUUUCUUAAAAUUAGCGUUUCAAAUCUAAAUUUUGACGGAAAAGUAUUUAGGCCACAGUCGAUAAAAAGUUAUAAUCGAACUUGAAAUUUUAGGUAGAAAACGGUGACGUAGUACGGAAGCGACCAUCAUCUGUAGUCUUCCUACCUACCGCACUCUUAUCAGAAAUUCACGCCAAAGAGUUCAAGUCUAUAGAGAACAUGAAGGAUUUGGCACAACUGGUCGAAAAUCAAUUUUUGAUCAAGAAUGGAAUCGAAAAGUUGCCAUCACCCAGCGAUGCCGACAUUAUCAAUGAAGCUAUCAAAGUGAUUGGAGACACUAGCAUGGACGAAACGGAGGACGAACAGUUUGAUGAACGAUUUCAGGUAAGUUAAUAUAAUAAUAUAUGUUGUAGUUGGGAUUUAGACAAGUGGCUUAUUAAAACAAUGUUGUUAGUUUGAAAAAAUAGUUUAGAAAAUAAUUUUUUAGGAGAUUGCCGAGCAAUUAGCUGAAGAAAAAACAGCGGCUAUAAAACGAGAGCGAAUACGAACCAACAGUAAUGCAUCGUUGUCAGACGAGGAAACAAUCAAAAUGUUGUACAUCACUGAACAGUUAAAUGAUAUCCGAAUGCCUGUUUGUCCACAUGGUCGAAUUUCAGUAGAUUCGGUCUUAAAAGGCGAGGUGAAAGCAGUGAACAAAGAACCGGCUGUGCGAAUGUUGCAAGCAUACAAUAUUUGCGUUAAACCAAGCGACGGCCGAACAUUUGGGAUGGACGAGCAUGGGUUAUUGACUGGGUAAGUUAGUGUCACAGGUUUCAACACAUAAUGACGUUUUUAUAGAGCCAUUUUGAACAAAACUUUUUACAGAGCCGACCUUUGUAUUCCAUGUAUCACUUUGAUGCGGAAGGAAUAUAGCUGGAAAGAAUCCGUCGAAUCAAAUAUCGAACUUGUGAACCAAAUCUUAGCCCGAGUGAACCAACCCCCACCUCCAGGCAGUUGUUACGUGUCCAAGAAGCAGCUGCAAAGCUACAGAAAGUUGGUAGUCCAAGAAAUGAACUAUCAAAAGUCGCUAGCGCCAAAGGAAACGGUAGACCUGAUUUUUAAGGUGGAUCACGUUGAAAAUAGCGAGCCGGUCAAGAAGAAACGGAGGUAUAAUACAGAUGAGGAGAUUCCCAGCACGCAGAUGGAAAAAGGUAAACAUUGUUAAAGUAUUUUUGACUGUUUAGGCCAGUUUGGCAUUGUUUGAAAGAUUAAAAAUUUUGCAAUCAUUUUUUAGCUAGCAUUUCAAGUGUGGACACGAAAACCGACUUUCCAGAAGAUGUGGAGAUCGACGAUAUUCCAAAUGGAAAUGAAAAGGAGACAGAUGAACCAAUGAAGCCACAAGAAAACAAAGAAACUCAACAAGAUUUAACUCAUGAGGACAUGCAAGUUGAUAUAGAAAGAGACAAAAACAACCCUGUCUUGUCUAAAAAUGGAGUAGGAAAUUCAGGUGAACUGAAAAACGAAAUAAAAAUGGAAAAUCAUGAUGAGAUAAAAAUGGAAAAUCAUGAUGAGGAAGAACACAGUGAAUGCGAGAAUAUAUGUGGGAAUGGGAACAGUGGCUUGAAAUUGGAAAAAUGUAACGGAAACGCCCUGAAGGAGAAAAAUAAAGAUGCGGAAGGUGGAAAAAACACGUUUAAAAACAAUUUAGAUCUAGCUAAAAAUGGAAUGGUUCCAGAAGAAUUUAUGGAAAAUUCUCAAGAAGUAGAGGAGAUUGUAAAACGUGAAGACUUAUUAGAUUCUAACGGAAGAUGUGAAGAAAACAGACCUUGCGGCUUGACAGACCGAGAGUCAGUUGGAGAGAAGUUGUCUUUUGAAUCUAAGAAGUCAGAAUUUGAUGGUAGGUUUUUGAAAUUCGAUGAGCAUUUAACAGUUUUUUAUUUUUAAUAAUUUUAAAAAUUGAUUUUGUUAAUAUAAAUAUGUUCAGAGACAGCGGAAAACAUAAAACCGGCUCAGGACAUGGACAGAAACUCGCACGAAACAUCAGAAGGCCGAAAAACUUCGGUAUCGGACGAAGAAUUCAGUCCCCCAACCAAACCUGAGGACCCAGACGACCCGGAGAUUGAAGUUAUCGGGGAAGUCAUCAGAACCCCGGUUAAGCCUGUCGUUUUCAACGACGACUUGAUUUGUCCUCAUAAUCAGUUUAAGCGACAAAGAAUGACAUGGAUGUACCAAGAAGAAUGGGAUCUACUGGUACAAAGCAACUUUUCCGAAUCGAGACACAUUCCCGUAGACCAAGAAGAAUGUGUCAACUGUUGUACUCAGCAGGAGGUAAAGAUUAAUUUAAAAAUGAAUAAAAUUAAGUUUAUAAAGGUUACUGACCUGGAGCUUUUGAAUACAAAAUUUAGGAAGCUUCUCAACGCCGAAACCAAAUCCAAUCACAAAUCAACUCGAUAACAACAUCGCUGAGGAAAGUGUUCAGUAACGCGGAGAAACGGACACUCAUCGACGUUAAUCCCACAUACGAACGGGUAUUAUGCGCCAAAUAUAUUCAUCAUCUUAAAGCUAUGGCAAAGUGAGUUUUAACGAAAAAUAUCCUUAAAGUUUUUAACGAUUUCUCAAUAUAUUUGCGCAUUUUUCAACUAGUAAUCAUAUGACAAAUUUCAGGGCAAAAAAUCCACAAAUUCUGCCAGAAAUGUGCCAAAAAUGUUUACUGUGCAAAGAACACCAGAAGCCUUUCUUCCGUAAUCACGAUAACCACGACCCGGAUCUCAUGGACGAAGUUUUGUGCGAAAUAUCAGGUCAAAGAACACUCCGUUCAUACAAUGUGACGUUACCGUCGAGCUCCACCGAUUUUCCACCAGUGGUCACUGGCGUACCAAUCACGAAGGAGGAAUGGAAUACGAUAAAGGCGACAGUAGAGAAAUACGGUAACGCCGAGCCCAAAGAAAUACGGUUAGAGAAUGGAGAUUUCACAGAGUUUUGUGAUGAGUGCAGCACAAAAGCAAUUGAAAUGAUCCGUUUACAGAAAUGCACGUAUCCAAUGGGAGCAGAUGUCUACGUAAAAUUGGUAAGGAAUUUUUGAAAAUUUUGGUUUUAGACUAUGCUAGAUAUUAAAGAUUUGUUAACAGUAGUUACUUUAUAUCUAGGUCGGGAUUAGAACAAGCGUAACACAAAAAGCUAUGGUUUUUUAAUAGAUGAUUUAAUUUAUUUUAGAAACAAGAUGAAGAAGACGAUCAGCAACGGUCGAAUCGAAGUGGCACGCUUACCAGACGAGGCGCCAACAAAAAUUUGGUCAAAAUAAAGGUAUGUUUUUGUAUGGCGUUUUAUGCAGAAAUAAGCAACCUCUUUUUUUCUAACUUUUAAAAAAAAUUUAAUGAGCUGCAAAACCACGUUCUUUGAUCAAUUGCACAAUUAUUUUGUGAUUUCAGAUGCGCUCCGUGGACACGAUAAAAAAAUUAAAGCUCGAACUGUACAAAAGAACCAACCAAACUCCAGCGGACCAGCUACUGUAUUGGAAGGAGACCGAACUGUUGAACGAUAUGACACUCUGCGACGCUGGUAUCGAGGCCCGAAACAUUGACAAUCCCAUCAUACUCAUCACCCAACAACACACUGAACUCACUGACACUCCACGACCAUUGGAGAAAGGCUUCAAAGACACAGCCUUGUCUUCGGCUUAA